AGGUCAAGUUUGUAACAGGGUACGGUUGUAACAACUGGACUGUUGCUCGGUAGGUAAGGGGUACAAAGGGAAGGGUACGGGUGACAAGACGAAUAAGGUGGUAUGGAGUCGCCCGUAUGCCAUUCUAAUUGUGCCCCUCACCUACCGAACAUUGUUCGAUAACAUGCGAGUUGUUACAACUGUACCCUGUCUACCCUACUCAGCACUCGGUAAAUAAAUUAUCUUUAUCUCUAAUACUUUAUUGCAUUUCAUAGUGUACCUGUCUUUAUAUUAUUGUUCAGUGUUGAUUGAUACUACGAGGAAGAGAGACGAAUAGUGUCAUUUUGAAAUCGUUUUCGCGACACAGAAGUACUCUUAUAUGAAGUCAUAAACAUCAGUGAAAAUGAGUAAAACUUGGAAUGUACCUAUUGAGGAUGCCCUCGAUAAAACAGGGUUCGGCCUGUACAGCCUGAUCUACGUGGUGAUGGCGGGGUUCGCGAUCAUAGCGUUUGCGUGCAUCACGUACAGCACCACCUACAUCGUGCCCACCAGCGCGUGCGAGCUCGACACCAACAUCGCCGAGCAGGGCAUCAUCGCUGCUACACCCAUUGUCGGCCUUAUGAUAGGCGCCCCAUUCUGGGGCUACAUAGGAGACACCAGGGGCCGGCGCAGCACACUUAUCCUGUCUCUCCUCGCAGCGGCGCUCAUUAAUCUUAUCACCAGCAUCUCCGUCAACUGGGUGAUGCUGCUCGCCUUCCAGCUGCUGGCUACAAUCGCAUCAGCAGGCCAGUUCAUGCUGGCGAUGACCUUGCUUAGUGAGAAUAUUCCAAUGGCCAAGAGGAAUCUGUCUGUGCUGUUAGUGACCAGCUUAUUCCUGCUCGCCAAUGGCGUCAUGGCAAGUAAGACCUUAGAGACCUAA